AUGCAGUUUCCCAUGGGCCCUGCCUGCAUCUUCCUAAGAAAAGGCAUCGCGGAGAAACAGCGGGAAAGACCAUUGGGACCAGAUGAGAUUGAAGAGCUCCGGGAAGCAUUUCUUGAGUUUGACAAGGACCGAGAUGGGUUCAUCUCUUGUAAGGAUUUGGGGAAUCUCAUGAGGACAAUGGGUUACAUGCCCACGGAGAUGGAACUGAUUGAACUGGGCCAGCAGAUCCGGAUGAACUUGGGUGGCCGUGUAGAUUUUGACGACUUUGUGGAGCUGAUGACCCCCAAAUUGCUUGCAGAAACGGCUGGGAUGAUUGGUGUCCAGGAGAUGCGAGACGCCUUCAAGGAAUUUGAUGCCAACGGAGACGGGGAGAUCACGCUGGGGGAGCUGCAGCAGGCCAUGCAGAGGCUCCUGGGAGACAAGCUCACGUCCCAGGAGAUCUCCGAGGUGGUCCAGGAAGCCGACAUUAAUGGAGAUGGCACCGUCGACUUUGAAGAGUUUGUGAAGAUGAUGUCUCGUUGAGGAGGUCCUGGGAUCCCCAGCCUCUCUCCACCCGCUCAACCUGGAUCAAGUCGUGGUGGAGGGGAGGACCACGUGCCCCACGGGCCCUCCAGAGAGAGAGGGUGGGCGGGUGGGUGGAGACUGGUAUUGCGGCGGUGUGGAUUGAGGGUAGCCUAGAAAUGAUAGCUUUGGCCAGAUGGGGUGGUGUUACAUCCCUGGAACUAGAUUAAGGAGGAAGAGGUCUGUGUGAACAGUACUGGGGUCUCCUUGCCACUCCCCCAAAUCCCAAAGAAAGACUAAUGACAUCUUUCAGCUCGUAAUCCUAAAUCCUUCCAACCUGGCAGGGUCUCUUCCCCCACUUCCUCUGGGUGAAAAUAGUCUUUUCUCCUGUUUGAUUCAGAAAGUUCAACACAGCGUCUACCUUUCCCCCUUCUUACUUCAGCUGCCUUGAAUCCCCUCAGUUUCUUCCUCUUGGUUGAAGAAGGCAUGUCCAUCAUGAGGCUAGAAACAGGGUUCUUAAUGAGACUGGGUUUGGAAAGGGUUAAUUAAAGAGGCAUCCACGUGAACCUAUCCCCCCCAACCCCCGCCCAACUUGAUUUCCUGGAAGCACAGUAUCUUUUCAUCUCUCUAGCCCCCAACUUCCUUCUCCUUGUGUCAGAUACUCUGGUCACCGAAUUAAAUCACAAAUCUGGAUUAUCAAGGUUUAGAGCAAGCUGAUCCCCCAGGGGAUUAGCUCCCCUCGAAACGACAUCAUGCAAAGAGAGAGAGGAUGGACACCUCCAAAUCCUGGGCUCAGCUGGGUCACCACAAAGCCAUUCCUGGAAGCCCCCUGCCUCUGCAUCAGUCUGCUCUGGGCCAUACAGAGAUAGUCCCUCUGUUAGACUGGAAGUCAGUUCUCUCCCUCAUCCCCUGACCCUGAUCUGCAUUAGAAAUUGGAAAGAUAUAUUCCUCCUCACCUCUGUCUUC